AUGUUUGCAGAUGGAAAAAGAAAAGAAACUAUUGAUGGAAGACCCAAAACUAAAAAAAAAAGUUUUAAAUUUGAUCAUGUGUGGCUGUUAAUGAAAGAUAUUCCCAAGUUUUCAGAUAAAGUCAAUAUCGGUAUCUCGGAUAUUGGCAGCGAUACUGUCGGCUCUCCAGCAUCACAAUCUCCUGGAAUUUCUUCAUUCUCAAUCAAUUUAAGCAGUGAUGAUGGUGGAUCAAAUUCGUCACAAUGUCCUAUUGGAGCGAAGAAAGCAAAACUUAAAAGAAAACUUUCUGAAGGUAAUACUUCAUCUAUGGAUAAUGUGAUUUCAGCAAACGAACAAAUCCUAAAUUUCUUGAAAUAA